AUGCCACAACAUUCACAGUUCGUCCAAGUAGAUCCCUUCCAUUCUCCCGUGGGGACAUUCCGUUCCCUCGUCAACGCAUUGCUCGCAACUGCUGUGUUUAGAUGCUGGUAUCUAAUCUUGUUCUUUUCGGGAUGGGCUGCAGCCGUCUGCUUGAUCUCGCAAAAGGUCCACCAUCUUGGCAUCCAGUCCACCAUGCUCACAGUUUUGGGUACGGUCCUGGGUUUCGUUAUCUCGUACCGUACAUCAUCCUCGUUCGAAAGAUACAAUGAAGGAAGGAGGUUGUGGUCAUCCGUUAUUCUUGGUUCCAGAACCCUUGCUAGGUUUAUCUGGUUCCAUGUACCCGACACAUGGUCACCUCUUCCUGGGGAGCAAUUUGGCACAGAGGAGAUGCAGGCUCGCUCUCUUAUCGAGAAAAAGACAGCCAUCAAUCUGAUUGAGGCUUUUGCUGUCUCUCUAAAGGCACAGUACUUUCCACAUUACCUGCGUGGUGAAGAGGGAGUCAAUUACGAAGAUCUUUAUCAUCUUGUGAAAUAUCUUCCCGUUUAUGCCCUCCCCCGUGGUAUGCCUCCUACACCUGGUCUCGAAGAUGAAUCUGCGCCUCCACGAGACCUCGAAUCCGGCCAUGGCGCUCGCGAUCAUUCCUCCGACAAAGAGGAUCCCUCUUCUGGGGUCGGCACCUUGGCACAUCGUCGUGGCCAAACUCCACCCAUCCUGACCCGAGGUGACUCCACACAAGAGAGUGGCUUGCGGCCGAACGGCCCUCAGUUUUCGGAACCUGUCUUAUUACCCCCAAUCCUUCCGCCCAAAUUCAGCUUGUUUGAUGUCUUCCCCUUCUCUUUGAUUGGCAAGUACCUUGCAAAGAAAGGUCGUAUUGUCAGUGGCAAGAAGCAUGCCAGGACGCGUGCCAAGACUAGGGUUGUUAGCCACAACAUCCCGUUGGAGAUUGCAAUUUAUCUUAGCUCGUACAUCGCCACUCUGCAACAAAGGAAGACUGCAGACGUGCCGACAGUCAAUGGCUUGCUUGGUUCUCUUGCCAUUCUCACCGAUGCGUUGACUGGCCUUGAACGCGUUCUUACCACUCCAAUUCCAUUCUCUUACUCCAUUCAUCUGUGGUCGGUGACCAUCAUAUAUGUCUUUUUCCUGCCAUUUCAGCUUUGGUCUACCCUGCGUUAUGUGACAAUCCCAGCUACUGCUAUUGCCGCAUUCUUCUUCUUCGGGUUCUUGGCUGCUGGCGAGGAAAUUGAGAAUCCAUUCGGUUACGAUAAGGUAAAGAACAACGAUAUAUCUGGGAGGAUCAUGGUAGUAAUGCUUUCAAUACAGAACGAUCUCAACAUGGAUCACUUCUGCCACAACAUCAUCCGUCUCGAGCUCCGCAGCAUCACAUCCCGUCCCAUGCCAAAGAUCAACGACUGGAUGUUCUCUCAUGCUAAUGAUCGCCUGUUCGAUACCCAGUACCCUGGUCUUUCCCCUGAUGACUGGGUGAAGCGAGGAAAGGAUGAGAUCAUGAAAGUCCUUGUUAAAGAGGAGACUUACCCAAGAACUCCCGUGUCUGCCGUCGGAAGGCGUUGA